AUUUCAGCAAUAAUAUGAACUUUACAAAAGCAAAAUCGGACAUCAGAAAACUGACAGUUAUUUAUGAAAAAAAUAAUAUUUUAUUAUUUUUUAGCGAUUUCAGUAACAAAUUAAAACAUAACUUGCUGCGCGAAUAAACCUCACCCUCGCUCCGCCGACCGCUGCCGUUGUUCUCAUUUCCCGUCGGUAUCUCUUCGUUCACUGUCAUUGUUUUCCAUUAAUUUACAUAAAUUUGUUUCAUCACUUCAUGAAUUCCAUAGAUUUUACAUCCCUAAAUUAACGAAUUAAGUAGGCUUAUCAAAUGAUUCGAAGUAACACAACUCUCGAUCAAACUUUGAACUUCUUUUCUAGGGUUUACCAUUGUCUGUAGCUGUUUGGUAUUCCAAUUUCGGUCAUAUACGGAGACACAGUCAGCUUAUGAUGCGAAAAGAGUAGAGUCGCCAUGAAAAUUGUAGCUCAUUGAUGUUUUCUUCAUUCUUCUAGUUGAAUAGCUUCGCUUGUUUGUUAUAUUCCAAAUUCCAAUGGCACUGCGUUUCAGCCAUUCUCGAAUUAUGUCCAGUUUGUUCCAAUUCCGCUCAAUUUCUUCAUUCCAUUCCCCCACUUUUGAACCCAAAGAAGUUAUACCAGAAAGUGUGUCAAAACCUACACUUGUUUCACUCGAACCAUCAAAUGAUGCUGAUUUAAUUUCUCAAAUGCUCAUCCAACACCAUAAUCCAUUCCACACUAUGGAAUCCUCUCUACAACUCAACGGAAUCAAGAUUUCCCCAAUUCUUGUCCACCAAACCCUAAUUCGUCUCAAAAACAUCUCCAAGAUCGCCUUAGCUUUCUUCUCAUGGGCUAAAGAGCAAUCCCACUACUCCCACGACUCCCAUUCUUACAACCUCAUGAUUGACAUAUUGGGUAAAGUUAGACAAUUCGAUGUUGCUUGGCAAUUGAUCAUAGAAAUGGAUCAAAAUGGUGUAAACCCAACUUCCACCACUUUCUAUGUUCUGAUCCGGAGGCUUAUAUCCGCGGGUCUAACUCGCCAAGCUAUCCGUGCAUUUGAUGAUAUGGGUUGUUUUGUGGUUAACGAUACUGAAGAACAAGAACAACAACAACAACCCAUUCAUGACUUCUAUUUUCUUUUUGAUACCCUUUGUAAAUAUGGCUACCCGAAAGUUGCUACAGAGAUGUUCAACAAAUGGAAAAACUGGAGAUUUGAACCUGAUGCAAAGAUUUACACGAUUCUGAUAUAUGGGUGGUGUAAAAUGAACAAACCCAAGAUGGCUGAUAAGUUUUUUAAAGAGAUGGUGAGUAAUGGAAUCGAACCUAAUGUUGUUACUUACAAUGUUUUGUUAAAUGGAAUAUGUCGGAAGUCAAGUUUACACCCUGAAGAUCGAUUCAUAAGGACAAUUCAAGCUGCAGAGAACCUGCUCGAUGAAAUGCCACAAAGAGGUGUUGACCCUGAUGUUACUAGCUAUUCAAUUAUCCUACAUGUUUAUAGCCGUGCACAUAAGCCAGAUCUCACACUUCAAAAGUUAAAGAUCAUGAAAGAUAAAGGGAUUCAUCCAACUUUAGCAACCUACACAUCUGUUGUAAAGUGUCUUUGUUCAUGUGGGCAUCUUGAAGACGCUGAGAUUUUGCUUGAUGAAAUGGUGUCCAAUGGGGUUACGCCAUCUGGCAUGACGUAUAAUUGUUUCUUUAAGGAAUAUAGAGGUAGGAAAGAUAUCGAUGGUGCUUUGAGAUUGUACAAGAAAAUUAAAAAAGAUAGUGUUUUUUUACAAGAUACGCAUACGUAUAACAUACUUAUGGGGAUGUUUAUGGAUUUGAAUCGUUUUGAUCUUGUGAAAGAGAUUUGGGAUGAUAUGAAAGGUAGUGUUUGUGGGCCCGAUUUGGAUUCUUACACGUUGUUGGUUCAUGGAUUGUGUGAAAAGGAAAAGUGGAGAGAUGCGUGUGAGUAUUUUGUUGAAAUGAUUGAAAAAGGGAUUUUGCCACAAAAGGUUACGUUUGAGACGUUGUAUAAAGGGUUGAUACAAUCGGAUAUGUUGAGGACAUGGAGGAGAUUGAAGAAAAAACUUGAUGAUGAGUCGAUUUCGUUUUCUUUAGAAUUUGAAAAGUAUCAUGUUAAACCUUAUAAAAGAUGAAAGUAUGUUGCUAUGAUGUACAAGUGAGAUUAGGGUUAUCGCCUUUCAUGUAAAGUUUUCACUUUUUAGGUAUUAAAUAGUGAAGUUUCUAUACUUAGAGAUCUUGAAAGGGUUGUAGAUGUGCAUUUAUGCAACAACGUUUCACCCUUUUCCUGAUUGAUUUAUGUAAUAACUAGACAAAUGCCCGUGCUUUGACAAGAUAAAAUUAUGUGGUUAAACUUUUUGGCAUAUGUUCUUGAAAAUAAAGGCUAAUUUGGCGCCGAUUGAACUUCUUCCAACAUGGUGGCUAAUUCAUCCUUUACUUGAAAACGUAACGGAUUAAAGAAGAAACGGAGCCUGCGAGAUUCAGACUCGAGUCGACAAACAAUCAAUCCAAGCGCCUUACCAUUAGGCCGAAACUCAUUAUAUGAAUACAAGUCAGACUUUUUAUAUAUAAUGUGUAACACUAAUAAUUACUAAUAUUAUUACUUUGGUUAUUUUGA